AUGAUUACAUAUAGUUUGCUUGUCAAUACACUAUUUAUGCCAAUGCAAGACCAUCUUACACUUAUGGUGAAUGGAUUUUUAGGAUUUGUAGAAAAUCAAAGUAUUUCGGAGGAGCGCCAGGCCGCUGAAGAGGCCAUCGAGGAGAACGAGGAAGAGCGCAUUCCUCACGAAUCAUUCUAUUCAGGCAUAUUGGAAGAAACUUUUCUUCCAGAAAAAUUCACUUCUAACAGUAGAAAUACACAAUUUGUUUCUUCUCCAACAACAUCACCGACGAUGAGUGUCACACCAAAUCGUUAUUUACGUGGCUGCAUUGACGUCUUCCUCUUCAUUCUGUGUUUGGCACUUAUAAUUUUACAAUUUGGCCUUCUAGACUUUUAUUACUUAACUGUUCUGAAGGACAAUAUCUGGUAUAGUUGGAUAGGAGCCGAUUCAUUCGUCAUUGUUAUUCUCAUAUGGCUCCUUGUUGUAGUGGUACGAAACAAUCAACAACAUAUGGAAGACGCUUGCUCUACAGAUGCUAAAGUCAAAUACACAUGGAUUGGAUGGUUUUUGUAUUCAACUGUCCUAGCUGGAAAGGUGGCCGUUUGCUUCCGUCUUUUCUAUACUCAGUUGCCACCAACGAAAACUGAUUCACAUGACAAAAUCUUGGAUGAUCAUCUAUUCCGUUUGGGUUUAUCACUUAGUGCGCCCAUUUUCAUACUUUUGCUUGAGUCGCAUCAUUACACAACAGUCAAUAGUAACCGACAGUUAUACCUGAUUUACCUUAUGACUGCCGUAACUUUCGACCUUAUUGACACCAUUUGCUUCCUCGACUUGCUCUGGCAAUCUUUCAAAAACAGCUGGGACCUGCCGUUAUGGCUUGAUAUAACUAUUCUCAUACUGGUCUGCGUCAAUUUGAUUUUGCCGGUUUUCACGUUGAUACGCUUAAGUUUCGGACGCCGUCUUCCACGUUUUGCACUUGUCAGCGAAAAGAUCUGGUCCCUCAUCUAUGUCUUAAUGGUAAACGUACCAUAUCUUGGAAUCCGCAUCUAUCUUUACGUGUUACUCGAGAUAUUAAAAGAUGGAAAACACUAUGAUGCAAGUAUUCUGAUGAUGAAGAACGUUACAAUGAUUUACUUAGCGAUCAGGGAUGUAUGGACUCGUUUGCAAUACUGGCGACAUAAGAAGCAUAUUAGUGGUUCUCGGGGAGAGCUGACUGCCCCUGGUGCAACUAAUGAUGAUAACUGA